AUGACUUCAAUGUUUUUAAUAUAUAAAGCUUUAAGAAGCCUUGACAGUAGUUUCCAUCAAAAUUUCAUUAGAUUAACGUCUUUAAAACAAACUAAGCAUUUCGUUAUUAGCUCAUCUCAUAAAAGUUUCUUCAUUGCAGGUCAAUUCGCUUUUUAUUAUUCACAGCAUGAAUUAUUUUGCGUACAAAAAGCCCAUAAAAAAGUGAAAACAUAA